GUAGUUCAAUUCUUGUUUACAGUUUUGGCAACACUGUUUAACUGCUGCGGCCCGUCUAAUGUUAAUCAUUGUCACUAGUUUCAGUCGAGACAAUGGCGGCGCGUAUAUUUGUCAUCAGUUGUGGCUGUCGUCAUUUUCAAAAGCGCGCCGGUUUUUACAAAAUUAAUUCCGAAUUCGGUUUUCGUUUUGGAAAACAACGCGGAUUCCGUACAUGUGCGGCGGACUUGAAAAUAGUUCAGUUUUGCUUGUCGGAUAUCGGUGAAGGAAUACGCGAAGUGAAAGUGAAGGAUUGGCACGUGAAAAUCGACGAUAAGGUGGCUCAGUUCGAUAAAAUCUGCGAUGUGGAGAGUGAUAAGGCCACUGUUGAAAUCACCAGUCGGUAUGAUGGGGUUAUCACCAAGCUGUACCACGAAAUAGACGAUACUGCUAAAGUUGGGGAGCCCUUGGUUGACAUAGAAAUAGCGGACGAUGUUAAAUCUCCAAUAAGUGAAAACAAAACACCAGAGAGCAUUAGUAAAAGUGAUGAGGAACCAACGAAAAAAAUUGUCGAAGUAAGUCGAGAAAAUGUGGAGGACAAUGACGAUGAUUAUUUGAAACAAAUUCUAGCAAACAAAUCAUUAGCAACUCCAGCGGUACGUAGGAUAGCUUCCGAGAACAAAAUCAAACUCAAUGAAAUAAAAGCCACAGGAAAAAAUAACAGAGUUUUAAAGGAGGACAUUCUAGCACAUUUGCAGAAAAUCAAGUCACCCUCAAUCAGUAAAACAUCCACGGAGCCAUGUGUGGUGAAACCUAUAACAGGUAUGACAAGGACUAUGGUUAAAACCAUGACAAAAUCUAACGAUAUUCCAGUGUAUUUUAGUGACGAAAUUGAUGUCACAAAAAUUGUAGAGUUGAGGAGUAGGAUACACGAGUUAAUUGGAGUGAAGUUCACAUAUCUUCCGUUUAUCAUGAAAGCGUUAUCGAAAGGGUUGUUAGAGUACCCAAUUUUGAAUACUUCCAUUGAUGAUAAAUGUGAGAAUAUUGCGUUCAAAUCGUUCCAUAACAUCGGUAUAGCUGUGGAUACUCCCAAUGGUUUGGUGGUGCCCAAUGUGAAGAACGUUGAAAAACUUUCAAUUCAACAAAUUUCCCAGAACGUUCAACGACUUCAAGAGUUGGGUAAAAGUGGAAAGCUUAGUGUUAAGGAUCUUACCGGAGGGACAAUUAGUAUUUCAAAUAUUGGAGCUAUAGGUGGUGUUAGUGGAGUGCCGUUAAUACUACCACCAGAAGUAGCCAUUAUUUCGGUAGGGAGGAUUCAGAAGUUACCGCGGUUCGACGAGAAUGAUAACGUUAUCAAGACGCAUAUGAUCAACUUCACAUGGACGGCUGAUCAUCGUAUAGUUGAUGGUGCCACUGUGGCCAGGUGCUCACAGCUCAUCAAGAAGUACCUUGAAAAUCCUGAGCUCAUCAUGAUGGACUUGUGAGUCGAUUCAAUUGAAUUUAGGUCAUCAUAAAUGCUCACAACUCUGGAGUACCUCAUGAACUCUGAACUAUUCAUAAUGAACUUUUAAUUUGUGAGUAGAAAAAAAUUCAUAAUUAUUCAUAAAAUUUCGCGACUGGAAGAAACUGUUCAUAAAUGAUAAUUGAAAGCAAUAAGAAUUGUCAUAGCAUUACAACAAUGAUCAAUAUCGUAAUAACUAAAGUGAAAAUUAGAUUCUGGAAUCUGUAAAUACACGAACUCAAUAAUAUAUUACACAUCUUGAUAUGAUGGAAAAUGUUGAUAAUUGAAAUUAAAUUAUUUCGAAAAAA